UGGCCCCUCUUCUGUCUCUUAGAAGGACACCAGUCAUUGGAUUUAGGGCCCACCCAGAUAAUCCAGGAUGAUCGCAUCUCCGUAUCCCUAAUUACAUCUGCACAGACCCUUUAUCCAACAAAGGUCCCAUUCUCCAGGUACCAGAGUGAGGACUUGGACCCACCUUUUGGGGGGGCCACCAUUCAGCCCACUACACAACCUGUACCCAAAAAUAGAUUAACUUGACUCCCACUUCCAUUUCCUGUGCCUUAUCCAAGGGAGAGAGACGGGCCUCACAGGCUCCGUUGCACAUGGCCGGGACGCUGGGCCCCGCUGCAGACUGGGCUCCAGGGGCUCCCUGGCGCCAGCUGCUUCCCUGCCCUGCUUCGGCUUCUUUCUGGUGGGAAUAUGAGUCUGUGUGCUCCUGCUAAAGCAAUCACCUCCAUCCGCCUCUGAGCCAGCUGGACCAGGGCCUGCACCCAGUAGAAUUAUCUUCCAAAGAAACUGCAUCUGUUUUAAACUUGUGUCCUUGGAAAGCUCCAACUCUCCAGACCCUGUUGGCUUGCAGGCAAAUGCCUUCAUUAAGGUGGCAGAAAGUACCUGACUCCCAGCCAGAGUCAAGAAGGAAAACGGCUCCCCUGGAAGCCGGGAGGAGUGAGGGGCGAGGCAGGAGCACUGAGCAGACGGUCUUCUCCUGUGGUCAGGGGACUCCUGCUGCUGGCCGUCUCAGAAUGGGCCGCCUGGGGAGGGAGAUGCUGUCUUUCUUCUUUAUUUUGGUGCCCGUAUAUCUGCAUGGGGCUCUGUUGCAGGAAGCCGGCCCUGCAAGACACAGAAAACUGUUUUUUGAGAAGCUCCGUCGACUGGAGGAGCAGUUUCGGAGGUUCCAAGAGGUGACCUUAACACACCUGCAGCGUAUCGCCAGCAACUACAACCUGUCGUACAACAUCGAUGCCCGGUUCCAGAGCCUGGCCCAGGAGAGCCAGGCCGUGGCUCUGGCUGUCAACCAGUCACAGGCCACCGUGCAGGGCGACCUGGGCCACCUCAAGACCUGGAUGCGGAAGACGCAGCGCAGAAGCCGGAAGGUGGACUCCAGGCUGCUGGCCUUGGGCGCAGCCCUGAGCGAGGGUAGCAAGCAGCGCAGCCGGGAGAGGAAGGAGCAGGAGGCACAGAGGGCUGCCCUCUCGAGCCUGGCCCUGGACGUGCAAGCCCUGCGGGACAUGCUGGCUCGCCUGACGCCCCUCGUCCAGAGCCAGGGCGCCAGGCUGGCCGCUCUCGAGGGGCAGCUGCAGGUGACUGAUCUUGGCACCACUGCUCCAGGGCCGACCCCAGCCCGGCUGCCGGCUCAGCCUGGGCCACCAAGCCCAAGCUCCCCAAAGCCACAGUGGGGUAGGCAGGCGCUCCGAGCUUCACCUGAGCCCAGGGAUCCACCUCAGGACUUCUCUGGCCAUCUCCCAGGGAUGCGAGAGCCGCCAGGCCCAGGCAGCCGGCGGGCAUGGCCCCCUGAGAGACCGGGAGAGAUUUGCAACGUGGGCCCUGUGCUCAUCUUCCCAAACGCCUCCACAGAGAACGUGGUCCUCCUCAGCCCCGGCUUCCUCUCAGGCCUGCGGGCCCUGUCUGUCUGCAGCUGGGUCCGCACAGCCUCCAGCCACCUGGGCACCCUCCUCUCGUACGCCACCGAAGAAAAUGACAACAAGCUGGUGCUGCAUGGCCGGGACUCCCUGGUCCCCGGCUCCAUUCACUUCGUGAUCGGAGACCCGGCCUUCAGGGAGCUGCCCCUGCAGCCACUGCUGGAUGGCCAGUGGCACCACGUAUGUGUCAUCUGGACGUCCAUUCUGGGCAAGUACUGGCUCCACGUGGACCGCAGGCUAGUGGCCACUGGCUCCCGCUUCAGAGAGGGCUACGAGAUCCCUCCGGGAGGGUCCCUCGUGCUGGGCCAGGAGCAAGACAGCGUCGGGGGCGGGUUUGACAGCUCUGAGGCCUUUGUGGGGAGCAUGGCAGGCCUGGCCAUAUGGGACCGGGUGCUGGUCCCUGGGGAAGUCUCAGACCUUGCCACUGGGAAGGAGCACCCGACGGGCACCAUCCUGACACUGGCCAAUGCCACGUUGCUAGGCGGAUUUGUGCAGAGGGCAAACUGCACCUGCCUAGAGCUCUGUCCAUGAGGUCUGGCCACACGGGUGCUGUGAUCACGCUCUGGGCUGAUGAGAAGGGCAAGUCUGCCAUACUCAGCCACCUCUGACCCCUGCAUACACCAUAGAGGACCCCCCCACACAGACUGGGAGCAAAGGGCAGGCUGCUGCCUCUUACCCUGGUGGGGCACAUCUGCCCUCUAACAUAGGAUGUGGGAAUUCCUUGAGGGGGAGGAGACAAGGAAACGUGGUGGGGAGAGAGAGGGCUGGCAGGCAGAGCUGGAGUCGGGGGCCCCAGGACUGCAUUCUUUCCUCUCUGCGGUGUUCUUAUGGUCCCCACUCUUUGUAGUAUGACAUCAUUUCAAGUUGGCCCGACCCGGCCCUGGACUCCACAGGGCCUCUCUUCUGGGGUGUGGGUCUGCUUCGGUUUCAGGCUACUUCCUGGAGAACUCCCUUUUCCUUGAAACUGAUGGGUGGCGUUUGCACGGCCAUCGCCCUCUCUCAAGGUGGCUUAUGCAAGUUUCCCUCUGGGUGAUCCUUGUUCCAACAUCUCUCAUGAAAAGGGCCAGAGAAUCCAUUUCCUGGCCCCCAAAACUACAGCCCCCCCUUUGCCAGUAGCCCUGGGGGUUCCUCAAGGUCCUGUGGGGGCUGGUGAAGCUACCAGAGCUGCCAGGAAGGGGGUACCUGCAAAGGGAGCAAGCUCUUCCGAGGUUAACGAUGGGCAGGCAGUGCUUCGAUGGCAGGGCCCUAGGGUGCGAUUUACAUCCUGUAAAGUCACCCAUUGUGAGGGAACAGUUCAAAGACUUUUCGUAAAUUUACCAAGUUGUGCAACCGUCACCACAAUCCAGUUUUAGAACAUUUCCGUUGCCCCGCCCCAAAAAAAUCAUGGCUGUUGUCGGUUACUCCUGUCCCCACCCCAGCCCCCAGCCCCUGGAAACCACUGAUCUGCUCUCUGUCUCUGUGAAUUUGCCUGUUCUGGACAUUUCACAUAAAUAUGGAAUCAUACACUCUGGUCUCUGGCGUCUGGCUUCUUUCACGCAGCAUCAUGGUUUCCGGGUUCGUUCCCCUUGCAGCCCGUGCCAGUGUUUCCCUCCUCUGUGGGGCUGGACGGCAUUCUGUGGGAAUGGACCACGUUUUGUUUAUCUGUUCAUCACUGGUGGAGAUUUGGGCUG